AUGGUCGAGUGUUUCAGAGCGGACUUGAUGGAGGUGGAUUUUGUUGAAAGAAAUGGUGACACUUGGACAGAGAAAUAGUAAGUUUAUUCAUAUAGUUUUUUUCUACUUUCCCCAUUAAAACUAAUCUCGCAUCAUUUGAACCUGCCAUAGUAGCCUGGGCUGAUACUAUUCUUAAAUUUUGAAAGGCAAUUUUGUCGAAUUUAUAACCUGUAAUUUAUUUCAAACAAGUCUGUCACUUCCAGUAAUAUUUUUCAGCCGCCCAAAGGAUUUGGCGAGUAUUUCGCAUCAAGAAGAAGUGGUUGCUAUGUUGCAGAACGCUUUAAAAGGCAAAGACGUAAGGUCUCGUUUGUUUGUUCAACAAAAUAUGUUUUUUCAGCUACCUCAUUUAUUGUUCUACGGCCCUCCCGGCACUGGUAAAACAUCGGCUGCACUAGCUUUUUGCCAUGAAUUGUUCCCGAGUAAAGCUGUAUUCAAGUGAUUUUAUCAAGUUUAAAUUAGAAAUGUUUGGGAUGUUUUCAGGGACCGGGUUCUCGAAAUGAAUGCGUCAGAUGAUCGAGGAAUUGCAGCAGUACGCGAAAAGGUCAGAAAGAAUUUAUCGCUGAAUUUUGAAAAAAAUAAAGAAAAAUUUCUGAACUUUUGGUACACCUCAGUGAAUUCACCGCUGACCUGACCAAAAGUUCAGAAAUUUUUUUUUAUUUUUUUCAAAAUUCAGCGACAAAUAGAGUAAACGUUUUGUGAGAACUUAAGUUGUUUGUAUUCAUUUCAGAUUACAUUUUUCUCGCGUCGUGCGGUCAGUACAGCUGCAAAAAACAUGCCGUCUUUCAAAGUGAGGAUUUUUUUUAAUGUGUAGUUUGAUUUUGAUUGAAGAUAAUUAUUCUCGACGAGGUUGAUGCUAUGACCAAAGUUGCUCAGUCGGCGAUGAGAAGGAUUAUUGAGGAUUGUUCUGGAACGACCAGGUGGUUCAGAGCAAACAUCGUCGAAUCAAGAUAAUUUUAUAGGUUCAUACUAAUCUGUAACUACGUUUCACGCCUUUUUGCCCCAAUAGUGUCCAGAUGUGCAAAGUUCCGUUUUAAACCUCUACCUAAAGAAGCACAAGCUGAAAGGUUUUUGUCGCUCUUCGGAGAUUUUAGUGUAAAUAGUUGUUAAAGGCUUCAUACAAUCUGCGAGAACGAAAACACGAAAGUCUCGGUGGAUGAGCUGCACGCGCUAGUAGAAAGGUCAGAAGGAGAUCUUCGGCGAGCAGUCGGCUCUCUCCAGGCCAUGGCUCCCAUUCUUCAGCAUGUCAGCUCUCAUUAGAAGUUUUGGAUUCAUUUUGAGUUUUAGGCGAAUGCAGACGAACGAGCCGAGUACUUUUUACCGAGUUACAAUCCUCAGCUUGUUGAAACUAUUGUUAGAAGGUGUUCUUGCCGUACAGUUACAUUUUUUCACGAUUUACUGUUUAUAGCAUUAAAAAAUCGAAAACAUCGGAAAUUAUUGACUUGAGCAAGAGAGUUUCGAAAGAAUGCAGUGGUGUGAACUUUUUCAAAGUUGUAAGUUUAUCUACUUUGGUCCACUUUUACGCUUUCUUCUUUAGUUGUUCGAUCAGCUUCUUGAUGAAGAUGUCAUCAAUAAUAAAAACAUAGGUCAGAUCGGAAAGCUGGUCUCGGUGAGUUUAUUGAUUAUAGUCUGUUCAGAUUUUGAAUUUCAACUAGCUAACUCCGCCCCUGUUGGAACCAUUUUUUCCCGCCGAUGUUUUAUCACGCGGGACGAUUUUUGAUCUUUUUUUCUUCUAAAAGAUAGAAAAAGAAGUCAAAAAAUGCAGACAUAUUAAAGUUUUAUCGUCAUCCGCGAUGAAAAAUUGACGCGAAUGAUAUUGUAGCUUUGAAGGGCGGAGUUCGCUGCUUGACAACAUUCAAAACUCGAUCAGACUAUAGCUGAAGUCGUGCUGUUGGUAUUUUUACCUCAUAUAGGGUUUUCUAAAACAAAACGGGCAUUUUUGUAGAAAGUUAUAAUUUUCUCUCUUUGCUUCCUAAAUUUUUUUUCGUGGUAUAUAUUAGAGCGCAAGGUUCUGGAAUUUCCUAAGUUGCUGAACAUGGUUCCAGUACUUAAGACAAAGGUCUUUUAUGGUUGUUCAAGGUUUUUUUUUGUUGGGAUAAAGAUGUAGAUCUACCAAAAUUAGUGAGGACGGAUCUUUGUCUCGGGAAAUUUUUUAUACUUUUCAAACGCUAUAGUCUGUUCAGAUUUUGAAUGUCAAGCAGCUAACUCCACCCCCAAGGCUACAAUAUCCUUCGCGUCAAUGUUUUAUAUCCAGAUGACGACUGCAUUUUUGACUUCUUUUUCUAUCUUUUAGAUCAAAAUUAGUCCCGCGCGAUAAAACAUCGACGCGAAAAGGUACCGUCUCAGCAGGGACGGAGUUAGCUGGUUGACAUUCAAAAUCUGAACAGACUAUACGGAGAGAAUUUUCGAUUAGACAGUGAAUUAAAGUUUUUUUCAAAAAUUAAUAUGGAUACUGAUUCAUUUCAGCUUUGUGAGAAGCGGAUUUUGGACGGAUGUGAUCUUCAAAGGAAUUUGCUAGAUUUCAUGCUCAAUCUUCGUACAACGUUAUGA